AUGGAGAGUAUAGAUUACAAUCAAGAAUUGGCCAGCAACGUUUUGUGUGAAACUCCCUCAAUCGAACAGCUGGAGGAUAUAUUACAUGGGGGUCAACUGUCCUGUAACCAUGUUGAUGAAGUGUGGCCUAAUUUGUUUCUGGGGGACAUGUACAUGUCCCAUGACAGGUAUGGCCUAUGGAAACUGGGUAUCACUCAUGUUUUAAAUGCUGCACAUGGUAAAAUGUGUUGCAAAGGAAGUGAUGAUUUUUAUGGGACAACCGUGAAGUACUAUGGCGUGCCGGCCAGUGACUUGCCUACGUUUGACAUUUCACCUUUUUUCUACCCUUCAGCACACUACAUUCAUGAAGCUCUCUGUACAGCUGGAGCUAAAGUGUUUGUGCAUUGUGCUGUGGGAGUGAGCCGUUCAGCUGCUCUGGUCUUAGCUUACUUAAUGAUAUAUUGCAAUCACUCUCUGGUGGAUGCCGUCCUGAAAGUGAAAGAGAGAAGAUGGAUUUUUCCAAACCGAGGAUUUUUGAAGCAGUUGAUUACACUCAACAGUGAAUUAAACUACAAGUCAAAGUAACUUGCAUAGUAGGUCUACAUCUCACAUGGAGGCAGAGGCUUGAAAAAAUAUUAAAA